UUCUCUCUCAAAACUUCAUCAACUUGCUAGCUGUUAAAGCCAUGUGUUUGCCCCACUUCUCAUUUUUCCAUUAGUCUGCUUAUUUGUCUUCAACUCUCCAAACCUUUUCCCUCUCUCCAAACACAAAAAUUAACAAAAAUGCUAAACAUUUUUUUCCAUAAUUAAUUAUAUCCAAAUACAAAGUUUCUCACAUGGCAUGGGAAAAGUAGGACAAAGAGAAAAGCAAAAUUAGUUUGUAAGAGAUAUUAUAAUGCCAGUUCCUCUUGCUCCUUAUCCAACUCCUUCUGCUCCUUAUACACCUCCUCCUGCUAAUGCAGCCGCACAGAGUCAGCUCGUGUGUUCUGGAUGUCGAAACCUUUUACUGUACCCUGUUGGAGCAACCUCUGUAUGCUGUGCUGUAUGCAAUGCAGUUACAGCCGUGCCGCCUCCUGGCACGGAAAUGGCGCAGUUGGUAUGCGGGGGGUGUCACACUUUACUAAUGUACAUCCGCGGAGCAACAAGUGUGCAAUGUUCUUGUUGUCACACAGUUAAUCUAGCCAUGGAAGCAAAUCAAGUGGCACAUGUCAAUUGUGGGAACUGCAGAAUGCUAUUGAUGUAUCAGUAUGGAGCUCGAUCUGUAAAAUGUGCUGUUUGCAGUUUUGUGACAUCAAUUGGGGCUUCGACAAGCGCUACCGAACAGAAGUUCAACAGCUAAAACAUUAGAAGCCUAAGUUGGUGACUGCAGAUUUUAAAGCUUCAGUUUUGGAUAUUAUUACAGUAUCUUUAAUGACUUAAGUCACAUGUAUAGAGUUAUUUUUUUCACCCCUUUGUGUAACCUUUUUUAAUUAUUGUCUUUUAAUUAUGAAUAAGCAGUUUUGCUAAUUUAAAAUAAAGUAAAGUGAGUGGUGAGUGCAUCUAGAAAACUUUGAGAUUGGAUGAAUAAACUUUAAUUUGUUUUUA